CGGCCCAAACUAUGCAAAUAUCUGCGUGUAAAUACUUCAAUGGUUUUGAUGAAGAUCGCACAACUCCCAUCUUCUUUAUAACCUACAAACAAAACCUAACCAAACCACUGCGCACUGAAUUCAUUUGGACUUUGGUUAAAUCCAACAUAUCCAACUUUCCACUCUAUGUGAUUAGAUAAACUUUGGCUCCACGGAGACGAAAACCAGAUCCUACUUUAGCUCUGGUCAAGUUUAAUUAAAUUUAUUGCCAUUCCCCGUGUUCUUUUGGAUAGUGAGACAAAUUUACGAUACAUAUGUACAUACAAGUAAUUGAGUCCUAUUCUUAUUACAUCAAUCCAUCCACAAUAUUCAGAUACGGAGCGAUAUCUUAUCAAAACCUUUUGGUUGACCAAACCAUAAAUAUUUUACGAAACAAUUACAACUCUCAGUCAUACAUAACCGAGAUACAUAAAAUAUAGUGGUCACGUCUUAGAAUGAAUUUCCAACAAACCGAGUCACAAUCUGCGUCACAAAAGGUUACGGUUGAGUCCUCUACCGGGCUGAAGGAAUCUUCCGUUGUUGGAGCAGCUAAAUCUGCGCUUGAUGGAAGUCACCAUGCUGCGCAAGUACAAGAACAAGUUACUCAAGCAAGCGCGGCGGAGUUGAGUGCGGGCGCGAAGCAGUUGGCCAACACGGUGGCUGCGGCUGCGUCAAAAAUUUCGAGCGAAUCGAUAAGUCAGGUGGCCGGGGUAAUUUGGGAUGAUUUCAAAAAAAUGUCGCCAUGGGAAAAGUUUUUCGCCGUCUUGGCAGCCACUGUUGUCGUAGGAGCUGCUGGAUACUGUUCAUGGAAGCUGUUGGGAGGAAGAACCAAAAAUUGGAAUACAAUCAAACAAACCGCCUCCUGCCUUGGCGGAGCGUUGAAGGAGAAAGGUCUGCAAAUGAUCAAAGACUUUGACGGCAAUGCCCUCCUGCAAAAGAUGGCGGGCACCUUUGAAAAACGAGACUUGGCGGGGAAAAUUGACCCCAAGGAUGUCUCCAGGAUUUGGGAAAUUUCCACCAGCAUGGGAUAUGGCGGAGUUAUUGCGGCAAUUUUGAACCAUGUCAAAGCAAAUCCGUGUUAAGUUCGGGGUUCGAUGAGUUUACACAAAAAUGAAACAUUGAUGAUAGUUGUUUGCAAUACUACAUAUGUACUCCAAUUCUACUACUUAAUGUUAGUUUAAAUGUCAAAAUAUAAAUUGCAUCAGAAAGAUAUUACUUAAAUAAGUAAUUAAUCAAUUAUAGUUGUUACAUAGAUAUAAAGUUGAAAAACUCAAGAACAUUUAUGUCAGUAAAAGAAGCAUUGUUUCCAAUGGUUGUUCCAAUUAAUGAAA